AUGGACGUGCUCAGCUGCUCACUAAAUCAAUGGUCGCUUGAUUUUCAGGGCAACCUCGAUCGCAUCUUAACCAGCAUCCGUAUUGCGAAGGAGCGUGGGGCGACUCUGCGGGUCGGUCCUGAGCUGGAGGUGACAGGCUAUGGCUGUCAGGACCAUUUCCUCGAAGGCGAUACUGCGCUCCACUCAUGGGAGGUUUUGUCUAAAAUCCUCGAGUCGGAUGAGGCCCAAGGGAUACUAUGCGACAUCGGAAUGCCAGUAGUACACAAGAACGUCAUCUACAACUGCCGGAUUGUCAUAUACAGUGGAAAAAUCCUCCUUAUUCGCCCAAAGAUGUGGCUUGCAAACGACGGAAAUUAUCGUGAACUACGCUGGUUUACGCCGUGGACUAAGCACAGGUGCACUGAAGAUCAUUAUCUACCAAGGAUCAUUCAUGGGGUGACAGGACAGACCAAAGUGCCCUUUGGAGACGCAGUCGUUAGCACUGUAGACACUUGCAUCGGUAUCGAGCUAUGCGAAGAGUUGUUUACCCCUGCUAGCCCUCAUAUAUUAAUGGGCCUCGACGGAGUUGAGAUAUUCACGAACUCCAGUGGAAGCCACCACGAGCUGCGUAAACUAUACAGACGCGUAGAGCUCAUCAAAGAGGCUACCAUGAAACUCGGUGGUAUCUACCUCUACGCCAACCAACAAGGAUGUGAUGGCGACCGCCUCUAUUACGACGGAUGCGCGAUGAUCGCAGUGAACGGACACAUCGUUGCACAAGGCUCACAAUUCUCAUUGCAGGACGUCGAGGUGGUCUCCGCAACAAUUGACAUCGAGGACGUCCGUGCACACCGCGCGACGAGUAGUCGGAGUAUGCAGGCCGCGGCCGCGGAGCGCUACCAACGCGUCGAGGUCGACUUUGCGCUGUCCGGUGGCAAAUUCUCGUCUCUCGCAGACGUCGAGCUCGCCGUGGGGCAGCAGAUGGAAGUACGGUAUCAUAGGCCGGAGGAAGAGAUCGCGCUUGGACCAGCCUGCUGGUUGUGGGACUACCUUCGGCGCUCGAGGACACAAGGAUAUUUUGUCCCCCUCAGUGGCGGGAUUGAUAGCUGUGCGACAUCGGUUAUUGUUUAUUCGAUGUGCCGGCUUGUUGCUGAGGCAGCCCAGAGAGGUGAUGAGCAUAUAAUUGCUGAUGCGAGACGUAUAGCAGGUGAACCGGACGAGUCGACAUACAUCCCGACAGAUGCACGCGAAUUCUGCAAGAGAAUCUUCCAUACCUGCUACAUGGGCACAGAGAAUUCGAGCACGGAGACAAGGGGCCGAGCGAAGGAACUGUCGGAAGCGAUCGGAAGCUAUCAUGUGGACCUGAACAUGGACUCGAUCGUCACCGCAGUCCGCAACCUGUUCACCUUCGUGACUGGCGCGAAGCCCCAAUAUCGCGUACACGGCGGCUCGGCGGCAGAGAAUCUUGCUCUACAGAAUAUCCAGGAAAGUCUAUACGUCACUGAGCGAUUGCUUCCUUGGGCGAGAGGACGGAGUGGAGGAUUGCUUGUUCUUGGAAGCGCCAACGUCGAUGAAAGCCUGCGGGGCUAUUUCACCAAGUAUGACUGCUCUUCAGCGGAUGUUAACCCUAUCGGAGCCAUAAGUAAGACGGACCUCAAACGCUUUAUCGCAUAUGCCCGCGAUGCAUUCGAACUGCCUGUACUUGAAAGCUUCCUCGACGCUGUGCCAACCGCCGAAUUGGAGCCCAUCACUGAAAACUACGUUCAAGCUGACGAGGCCGACAUGGGUAUGACUUACGACGAGUUGUCGGUCUUCGGACGCCUCCGGAAAGUCGAGAAGUGCGGGCCGUACAGCAUGUUUACCAAGCUGGUCCACGAGUGGGGAUCGUUCCUCACGCCCACGCAGAUCGCUGAGAAGGUCAAAUACUUCUUCUUCGAACAUGCACGCAACAGGCACAAGAUGACCACCCUGACCCCCUCUUAUCAUGCGGAGCAAUAUAGCCCAGAUGACAAUCGAUUCGACUUGCGUCCGUUCCUGUAUCCAUCGCGUUUCCCAUGGCAGUUUAAGAAGAUCGACCAAGUUGCCGCGACGCUGCCGGAUAGAUCGUCAAAGCAUGUUGAUAAUGUUAAAGCAAAGACGGAUUGA